AUGACGCCUUGGGGCGUCAUACUCGUCACAGUUUUAACAAACUUUUGUUCAUCAGAAUUGAUCUCUCAAUCCGCUGUUGAAUUUAAUCCGUUCCAUAGUGCACUGAUCUCAUCAUCACAAUAUGCCACUUUUAAUUCAUACAAAAAUAUAUCUUUUUCAUCGAAAUCCAUAAAACAGCAAAAGGAUAUAAAAUCUUCACGUUGGAAACGCGCAUUUACUGAUGAAGGGUUUGAUGAAUAUUUGAGGCAGAGAAUCACUGGAAAUCAAGUGCCACAGUGUCCAUGUGUAAUAAAACCAGGAACGGAUAAAUGUAUUACUUAUGAUUCAAGAUAUCAAGCAGCGUCUGUUGAAGAAGCAAUAGUCUCAUUCCCAGAUCUUACCCUCGAUCAAUUAUUAUUUGACAUAACUACAUUCGAAUGUCGAUCGCUUGAAUGCCAGACUUGUGCUUUUCUUCUUAUAAGGCGUCUGAAGGAAAUUGGUCUAUUAGGUGCGGAUGAAGAGGUGCCAUCGAUUCCAACUCCAUCUGUAAUUGAUCCAUCGAAUUGUCGCAGAUUACGGCUUUCUAGAAACAUCAAGGUAUUUUUGCACUGCACCUGUAUAGUACCAAUAGUUUCGGAUUCUGAUGAAUCGGAUGAACUAAAUCUUUGUAAUGCCUGUUGGACUUGGAGACAGUUGCCAGAAGAUUAUUUCCCUCGUCUUGUCAAUGAAUUGGCAUGUCCAGAAAAAAAAUCCGAUAAAUAUUGCUUAUCAGGUUGGGGAUCUUGCAAUCAGCGAUUUCAUAAUUUGGAUGUGCUUCGUAAAGUAGGAGACGCAUGGCAACCAACGGUUAUUUCUACAGGAAUCUGUUGUGGAUGUAAAGUUAAAGCUGGCUCAGAAAUCCAUGCAUUGGUUGUUGGGAAAGCGUAA